UUGAAAUUGUUAUAGAAAACUCCAGGAGGAAAUCGAAACAAUUGAUAUUGAAAUAAAAAAGAGAGAAAGUGAAAUGACUGAUGGGCGAUUACAACUUCAAAAGUGCCAUUCAACUUUAGAUAAAUUGAAAAAUAAAAUUGUGAAUCUAACAACAUCAAAAGCUGAUAUUAAUGGUUUGAUUGAAGAAUAUAAGCAGUUUGAAGAACCGAGAAAUGUGCCUGAAAUGUAUGAUGAGUAUACAUCACUGAAAGCUGAUUUGGACAAAAAACAAGAGGAACUAAGGAAAGCUGAAGAGGAACUUAAAAUGCAUGCAGCUAAACAUGAAGAAAUCAGGGUAAAAUUUAACCAGCAACGAACUUUAGUAACUAGCCUAAAUGGAACAUUUGAAACAUUGGGGAGAAAAAUCUACUCAUGUGCAAAAGAUGAAGAAGUUCUUGCUUCUAGUAGGAAAAAAUUGGAACAAUUUAAAAAAGGAAAAGAAAGAGAGUUAAGUAAAGUGGAGUCUGACAUUCAAAAGGCUGCUGAUGCAGUAAAG